AAAAAAAUAGUUAAAAGAUGAAGAACAAGAUCAAUUCAAAUCUGCUUUUAUUUUUUUAAUAUUAUUUUUCUUUUCCAUAAGAAUCAAUCAUUAACAAUUUAUAUGCAUUCAUUUAUUAUAGUUUUGAUGUUGCUUGAUAUUUAAUACUGAAUCAUCAUUAUAUCAUUAUAUCAUUAUAUUAGUAUUUUGUUAAUUUCCUUCUAUUUUUAAAGUCAUUGCUAUUACAUUGUGCUGAUCCCUUUUUGAUAUGUCUUAUGCCACAGUAUUUAAUGCAGUCAAUUAUUCAAGCACUGUAUUAAAUGAUCAUAAUAACGCUGCAUCUCAAAGAAAUCGGAUCAAAUAUAGAGAGGAGUUCAAACAACAUUACGAUAGAUUAAAUUUAAACGAUUCAGUUAAAGAAAGAAUAGAUCAAAUGAUUUACGCGAUUAAUAAAUUAAUUAGUAAUACAUUUCUUGGAAUAUUGAUCAAUGAUUUACAAAACUUAUGGAAAAAAAAACAAGAAGUAGGAUGGAUAAAGUCAAUUAAAUUGUUAAUUAAAAAAAAGACGACUUUAAAAAAUAUUAGUAUUCAAAGGUUAAUGAUUUGCACUUUGUCAAUUUUUAUGCAUUCCAUCUUACUUAUGGGGCUAAUCUCUAUUAGUGGUGUAUUAGGUGUUAGUUUGAUUGCAGCUCUUACUCUACCGUUUAUAUUGCUCUUUUUAUAAAAUACAUCAUAUAUAGUCAUGAUUGUAAAGGUCAAUACCAUUAUUGACAACUAACAAAAAUAAAUACGAUAAAGAUAUACUUGUAUACAAGUAUAUUGGUUUAUAGUUAGAGAUCAAAAUCAUGUGAUCUGGUUUUUUGUUGU